GCCGCUACAUGGCGCCUAAGCGCUAGCACCUCCCCAAUUUUGCUCUAGGCCGGGCGAUGGAGGAAAUCGUUCUGGGUUUAGGCGGUCUGGGCGCUGGGCAUCGAUCUAUAAUAUUUUCAAUCCAGACAUAUCUCUUCUCUCCUCCAAUCGGUCCCUCUCUCUCCCCCCUUCAAUCUGUGAAAACUCGGAAGAGGAAGCAAGAUUGGGGAACAAAGAAAAAAUCAAACUCUGUAAUUAGGGUUUUAGAGAGACACAGUAAUAUGGACCAUGGCCUUCAUCCCAGACAUAGGGAGUUCUUCAUUGGCUUCACAAAGGGCCAGUUGCAGCUCUGCUGAUCUGCAAAAGCCAGCUAAACUGGAUGGGAAGGCAUGUGCAGCUGUUGGACAGCCUGAUCUGAUGGCUCUCUUUAAGUCCGUGUUUAGUGAGGAUGUGACACAAGCUCAGUGUCUUGUCACAGAAAGUGACUUUAGGGGUAAAGAUUUUCAAAGGCAGCUGAAAGAAACGGUCGAUCACUUGCUGUCUUUAAAGACUAUACCUAUAUUCAAUGAAAAUGAUGCAGUUAGUACCAGAACAUAUUUAUGUGAGGCAUAUACCACUCUUCUAUACAUGAAUCAGAAAUUGAUUAUGAAGCUCUGGCUAGUCUGGUGAUUCCGACAUAACAGACGAAUUAUAUGAUUCUUCUGGUAUAUUUUGGGACAAUGACAGUUUGGCAGCUAUACUAGCUAAGGAGCUAAAGGCUGAUCUUCUUAUCCUUAUGAGUGAUGUGGAGGGUCUCUACAGUGGGCCUCCCAAGUGACACAAAUUCAAAGCUCAUUCAUUCAUACAUAUAUAAAGGAGAGGCAUCAAGGCGGAGUCACUUGUGGAGUAAAAUCAAGAGUGGGACGAGGGGAAUGGCUGCGAAAGUAAAGGCUGCUAUUAAUGCAGCUUCUACUGGCAUCCCUGUUGUCGUCACCAGGUGUUCUUCAAGACUUGGUUGGUGUCAUCAUUUUAUGAAAUUUUGUUAGAAAACUAGUGCAACAUUAAUAUGACUAUAUCAAUAGUCUUUUAGACAAUGACAAACCUGCAUGCCAUAAUGGAAUGAUUAAC